AGAGGGCUAUCACACGCGGUAAAGUCCUCCUCAGUUACGUACACGAUAGGCAACCCAACCGUCAUCUGUACGCACUGACGCAAGCAACCAGUCACGUCUAGACAGAGGAUUCAGGAUGUCUUCCAUCAAAGCAACAAAACUCGUGCUGGUGAUGUUGGUAGCCAUGCUAACGCUGAGCUGGGCUGUAGGCAAGAACCUGGGACAGCCUGGAGAAAAGGACCGCCUCAUCAGCGAAUUGGAUCUAGUGGACGACGAUGGUUCUAUCGAGACUGCCCUGAUCAACUACCUGUUCGCUAAACAAGUGGUGAACCGCUUGCGAAGCCAGAUGGACGUUUCGGACCUGCAGAGGAAGAGGAGCUACUGGAAACAGUGUGCUUUCAACGCAGUGUCUUGUUUUGGGAAGUAAAUCACUCUGCAUUAGGCACGCGACAUCCGAACUUCAUCCAAUUUAUUUUCUCCCUCAGCAAUUCAAAA